UUUUAACUCGAACCAUGUCAAUGAUGGAUUCGAUAAUACACUAUUCAUCGCAGUCGAGUGUCGAUCCGUCCAUUGGUCUACCAUUCGUGCCCAAAAACUCCAUAUCACAUCCCAUAAAUAUAAGCUGGAUAAUACCAAUCGAAUAUAUGGCCUUUCUAUCUAGUUCAGGCCUACCCGACAGAAUAGAUUUGUACGAUUUAACGAUUUCACAACCCUCUCUUCACCUGCUUGAACUGCAGCAAAUCCGACAACCGAUUGGAGCCCCGAAAGCCUUCGGGAACCUCGCACUGUCAUCGUGUCCCGGUAAAAAGGUUCGACUAAAUGGACCUGUUCGUGGUAGAGCCGCUAUCAAUCGAGAUCUAGACUUGGAUUUUGCCAGGCUGAAUCGCCAGUUCGGCAUUACCACAAUUGUUUGCUGUUUGAAUGAUGCAGAACUAAGUUUCCUCGGGGCGCCAUGGCCCCGCUACUAUGAAAUGGCCACGAAAAAUAAUAUCGAAAUUCUUCGCCUUCCAAUGAUGGAAGGCAGCUGCCCACAUACCAUUGAGGAGAUAGACAUCGUCAUCGAUCUGGUUUCAGAAAAGAUGAGUAGAGGUGAAAAUGUGCUGACCCAUUGUCGCGGUGGCGUUGGUAGAGCCGGUCUGUUCGCCUGUUGCUGGCUGUUAAAAAGUCGAUUUUGUCAUACUUCUGAACGAGCUAUCCGAUAUGUGCGAAUGCGGCGUAGCCCGAAAUCCAUUGAAACAAUGCGUCAAGCGGAAUUCAUCAUCCACUAUGCUCGAUAUAUCAAUAAGCUUAUCGAACAUCCUUGUAUACGAGUAAUGAACCACCACUCAUGCACAGGUCUCAUACUACUCCCGCUAUAUUGACGAGAGGACAUUCCAUUGGUCUCAGUCGCAUGGAUUCUAACGAAGAAAUUUUACAACCAAUCUAUUUGUAGGAAUUCAUGACGUAAUGGCACAAUUUUAACUGUAUAGUAAAAAUGUUCUUUUUUCAAAAGAAAAAAAAAUCGAUCGUUCUAAGUAGUUCUUUUUGUGGUUUUCUUUUUUGUAAAAAGCUUAAAAAAAUCCAAUUUGUGUAAAAUUAAAGAAAUCGUUUGUGAUAUUUUCA